UGUGACUGCCUCUACCCUCGAACGGAGGCCAGGGAGGAACGUGCUGCGGACGUCAAAGCCGUUUGCGCUGUCGCACGCUGACAUGCAGCCUGACACCUCCCCGGGGGAAGUUCACGCUGCUGAUUUCCAGGAGCAGCGCGGGCAGCCGGCCCCGACCCCCACCGCGCCUCUGGCUUUUUACCGGGCUCUCCCUGUGAGCAAGCGCGGUUGGUGCCUCGCGGGCGCUUCUCCAGGAUCGCUUGGUUAGGUUGGUUGCUCUCCACGACCCCCGGGGGGACGAAAGGAAGCCCCUUCGGGACGCGGCCACCGCGUUCCUGCUGCUGGAGGAGUCAGGAGCGCGAAGGGCGAUAUGCUUGACCUUCCCCGCUCCUCCCGGGAGCCUUGCGAGCUGGAGAAGCUUCGCAGGAGGUUCGCGGAGGAGGGGUGAGCCCAGCGCCGGGAGGGAUGCCGUCGGUGGCUCCGCAGAGCUCAGCGCCGCGGUUUGGGAAGGUGAAGGAGACUUUCCCUUCAAAAAUGACUUUCCAAGCUCUGUUUUUGUGUCUGGCUUGUGCUGGACUUGGAAAGGCAAAUGUGGUUCCACAGGCUGAACAGAGAAGCGUGAAGAUGGGUGACAACGUGACUCUCAGCUGUGCCCUUACAGAACCCAAGGAAGUUUUGCAAGUGACGUGGCAAAAGGACUCUGGCAAAUCGUACAAUAAUAUAGCUACAUAUAGUAUCAUAAAAGGAUUAAAGAUUCACGAGCCCUAUCAAGACCGAAUGAAUUUCACAAGUCUCGUACUCAAUGAGACAAGCAUCACUUUUUGGGACACUAGAAUGGAUGAUUCAGGGUGUUACACAUGUCUCUUCAAUGCUUUUCCUUCUGGCUCCUCCUCAGGACGUACCUGCCUGAGUGUCUUUGGUCUCAAUGCAUCUGUCCAUUACAACAUUUCCGAAGGUCAUUUGAUAGCCACCUGUAAUGCUGUUGGCCUCCCAGAGCCCACCAUCACCUGGGACAACUUGUUCAAUUCUACUCCUACACAGGAGACGGUCAGGCACGCCAACGGGAUCGUGUCCAUCACCAGUAAACUGGAGGUCAGCAACACUGAGAGCUUGAGUGCUCAGGGCUUGACCUGUAGAGUAAGCAACAUGAAUGAAAAAAUGGAAUUGCCUGUGAAAGUGAAAGGAGAAAAGGAAUCCUCAUUGCAUUGGCUUAUGAUUCCUGUGGGGAUUUUAAUUGUCAUAAUUCUUGUUCUGUUCACACUGUGCUGGAGAAAGAGGAUAUGCAGGAGGAGUUGAAAUGGAGCCUAGAAGAUUUCCAUUCACCUACCAGAUCAUUACAGCCCAGCAGCCUGAAGUCCAUAGUACAAGCAGUGACUUGGCUGACUGGAAAGAAACAGCAAAAAGAGGGAAAUGCAUCACAUACACUACCCUAUCUAGACGCUGACUUGAUCCUGAAAAGACUAGCACAAUGUUUAUCCGGUCUAGACGCUUAAUCAUAAGAAGUGGAACCAGAGGAACCACUGUAGUCCACUCCUCUGCUGGAAGGCAAAAUUUACUUUGUUUGUGCCACACUUGGUACUGUUAGUGUGCAAAAUGUAUCUGCCUUCUUCCAGCUGAGUUUUGAAAUCGUCCAUGGAUGGAGGCUCCGCAAGCUCUCUGGGGAUCCUCUUCCAGUGCCUAAUUGAUUUUGCAGUAAAGAGGGGUUUAAUGUUUGCCAACAUCUGUCUGCAAGUUCACUUGCAGCAACUCUGCAUUUAUCACCCUCUUCCUGUCACCUGGUUUUCCUUCUCUUAUCCAGCUGAUCCAAUUCCUUUUCCUCAGUGCAUGUGUGAAUGUGCCAAAGACUGUAUUACCUAACUCAAUCUGGAGAGACCUGCUGGACUCAAAACUACAGGGCUCAAACCACACCAAAUCUGCCAAAACUACUGGUGAAGAACAGUAGUGCUCCAAGCAGGUGACAGAUUAGAGGCAGUAGCAACCACAGUGGAGAAAGAAGAGUUAUAAGUAAUAUAUUUGAUCUGGCUUUUCUUUCUAAUCCUGAGGUGUUGGGUUUUUUUAAUAUGUAAGUGAAGAAGAGAUGGAAGCAAAGCCCAGCUGUGGAUGUAUUGGCAUCCCCAUCAUUCCUUUCCUUUCUGUUUUGCUGUCAUCAAUGUAAUUUUGCUGUUUCUGUUUUUUCUGAAACAACUCUGUUGAUACCCCAUCCCACUCCUCGCUUACCUGUGAAAAUGCACGGACUAGGUUUGUCAAUAGUUCUCGUGGUCAACUUACGCACUGUUCCGAAUAGUCUUCCAUGUCUUCAUCCCUUUUUAUUGUGUCUUUUUAAACACAGACAAAUAGCUCUGCUUGACAAAAGCCAUAAUUCCAUACCAGGACCUUGUGUGGGAUGUUACCCCCUGAGCUAACUAUGGUGUGUCACUACUGUGAAUGUAAUGGUAUCAGUGGGAAAUCUUCCAGAGGCUGAAUUUACUGCUUUGCCAUGGUUUUGGUAGCAGAUGGAGACUUUGUGCUACUCUUAUGAGCUGGGACCCAACUUGGCUCUUGCCUCAGGUAGGACUGGGGGUCCUCUCCCCACCCUGCACCCCCAGUUGCUCCUCGGUGCCUGCCCAGGCCUGCUGAUCUGGCCAUUCCCAGGCUCAGUGCUCUGGUUGCCUGUCCCCCCCGGCUCGCUGUGCGGCAGCAGGCUGCUCCUGAGAGCAGAGUGCUCCCGGGCACUGCCUUGCAGCUUGUCCUCUUGGGCAUUGCCUUGCAGCUUGUCCUUUUG